AUGGGCGACAAACCGAAAUCCACUGACGAAACAAUCAUCCCCCUAUCCGCCAAAGACCAAUGGCGCCCCAUCAACAACAUCCGCUCCCUCCUCUUCAUCGUCGUCCGCGACAUCCUCGACGAGCCAUUCAUGAAAUUGUCUCUGGACAAGCUCAUCAGGGAACACAUCCCCCUCCUUGGCGCACGCAUAAAGACCAGACCAGACGGCUGGCUCGAAUACCACCUCACCACUCCCUUCCCCUCCAAGCACAAACUAUUCGGCUGGUCAACCAGCACCGUCUCCUCAACGCUCGAACAAGCACAUCUCGUCCCUAACCCUAAUCCCCAGCGAGGAAUCACCAUCCUCCCCGACGUGACGACCCUAGAACCGCGCUGGAUACCAUCCCACUGGCCUAUCCUCCGGUGCCAGGACACACCAGACACACCUCUCCUCCUCGUCCACCUAACAUACUACAAGAAUGCCACCGUAGUAGCGACCAACCUACCGCACUGCGUAAGCGACCAAAUGGGCUAUGGCAGCGUUCUCAGCGCCUGGAUCGACGUGAUGAAAGGCAAAGAACCCCUUCGCUUCGUCGACAUUCCCCCCGACGGACUCGAUGGCGACAAAGACAUACCUACCAAGGACCUUUUCAGGAAAUACGAGUACCGGCUAAGAACAAAGAGGGAGCGGGCGGAGGUGCUGAUGGGCAUCGUGCCGGAGCUGGUGGUGAGGUCCAAGGAGACGAGGUGUAUCCUCUUCUUGCCGGUGGGACUGGUGACUGGGCUGAGGGAUAGAUGGAGGAGGGAGUUGAAGGGCAAGUAUGGCGCUGAGGCGAGUGAUAUUUCCAACGGAGAUGUCAUUGUUGGCAUUAUAGCAAAGUUUGCCAACAUGCAUCGGAAGAGGACCAAGAAGCAAGUCAUCAGCGGUCCAGCAAACCUCCGAGGCCACCACCCCCUUCUCCCCCCAACAGCCCGCUACCUCCACAACGCCCUCAUCUUCGCCGUCACCCACACCUCCAUCAGCCGCUCCCACCCGCCGACAUCCGACCUCGCAUACGCCUUCCGCCUCGCCGUCAACGACGCCCUGACGCCCGAGAAGAUGGACCGCGGGCUUGCGGUCUCGCGGGAGCUCUGCAAGAGGCGCGUCGCGAUGCAUAUUUGCGAGCCGUGGGAGUUUAGCUACGGGACGACGAAUUGGUGUAAGGCGUGGCAUGGGCUUGACUUUUCGGUGGCGAGUGCGAGGAGGAACAGGAGUGAGGAAGACGACGCUGUUGGUGAGAAGAGACAGCAGCAGCAGGAGAGUGAUGGGAGCAGUGGGGAUAAUGCGCACACGAUGAAUGGGACUGCUUCCUCUUGUUCUUCGGCGCCACUCAUCUUUGGGCAUUCGCUUGAGCGGAACCAUCCCAAUCGAUUGAGCGCAGCCAUCAUGUCCAAGGCCGAAGGCGGAUACUGGGUCGACUUCGCGGCGCCGAACAAGGGCAUGGCGGCGAUACGGGCGCUGCUGGAGCGGGAUCCCAACUUGGAGACGAUAUGA